UGUACUGGCAAUUGCUUGCUUUUUCUGCAGAGAGUUGCCAUCCCCACCACUGCUCCUGAGCCGCGUGAGAGAAGGAGGUGAUGGCUGAAGCCCUGCAGAAGAAGCUCCAGGGAGAGCUGGAGAAAUACCAGCAGCUACAGAAAGAUAUCAGCAAGUCCAUGACGGCCCGGCAGAAGCUGGAGGCUCAGCUGACCGAGAACAACGUGGUGAAGGAGGAGCUGGACCUGUUGGAUUCGUCCAACACCGUCUACAAGCUGAUUGGGCCCGUUUUGGUGAAGCAGGACACAGACGAGGCCAAAGCCACAGUCGCGAAACGGCUGGACUACAUCGCAGGGGAGAUCAAGCGCUACGAGGGCCAGAUGCAGGAUUACGAGAAGAAGUCGGACCAGCAGCGGGAGACCCUGGCGCGGCUGCAGCAGGAGUUCCAGAAAGCCCAGGCCAAGGGGGCCGUCAAGGCCUGAGGGGAGCCUGGGGGGGUGUUGCUGGACUUUGGGGGGAGGGAUGGGGACACCUGCUACCGCGGCUCAGGCCGUUGUGAGGCCUGCUCCGCUGGGCAGAAAUAAAAGCUAGGACCAAGUCUC